AUGUCAAGAGGAUUAGCACUACGCACUGGGAUCGUGGGUCUGCUGGCCCUCGCCGUAACGGCGGCGAUGGCGUGCGGCGCUCCGGCAGAACAGGAGCCGGCGACGAGCGCUCCGGCAGCGGCCCGACAGCAGCCGGCAGCGACGCAGGCGGCGGCUCCGGUGCAGCAGGCCGCACCGACCGCGACCACAGCGCUGGCACAGCCGGCCGGCAUGAGCGACCGCGCGGCCGGCGGCGCGGCCCCGACCGUGGCCCCAGCCGCGACAGCGGUUCCGGACGCCACCGCAGGCGAGCCGGUUCAGGCAGACCUGCGCGUGGCCAUCACCCCGCCUUACGCCGAAAACCUGUUGGGUUGGCGCGUGGGCGGAACCAACCAGGGCAUCCUGCAGCCGAUGCAGGAGGCGCUCUUCCAGCGUGACUACCAGACCUGGGAAGCCAAGCCCAUGCUGGCUGAAUCGUGGUCGGUCUCCCCGGACGGAAGGCAGUGGACGAUCAAGCUGCGCGAAAACGUCCCCUUCCAUCACGAAGCGGACACCUUCGGCGUUUCGGACUUCGUGUUUAGCUUCCAGUUGUGGUCGCACGCUGAAGCCAAGACCGGGUUCGGCGACUUCUGGCACCAGAUACUGGGACCGGACGGCGAGCGGCGCAACUGGACGGCAGACGAGCUGGGAACCGCACCAACCGUAACGGAAGUCAGCGACAACGAGAUGGUUUGGAACAUGAAGCGUCCCGAGUUGUGGAUCCCGUUCUAUGCUUCGGACGCCACCACCGACCCGCUGAUCUACAGCUUGGACUACUGGGCAACAAACGGGGAGGCAGCUUACGCAGCCAACCCGGUGGGAACCGGCCCGUGGCGGCAUGUCAGCUACGAACAGGGCGCCAAGCUUGAGUAUGAGAGGGCGUUCGACGACCACUGGCGCAUCAACCCCGACUUCGAUACCCUUACCUUCUUCUUCGCUGAAGAAGACCUGACCCGCGUGGCAAUGCUACGGGCCGGGGAAGCGGACAUCGCCGAGAUUCCGCGCGAGUUGCAGGGCGAAAUCGUGAAGGCGGGUUAUGCCAUCACGAAGAGCACACUACCGGCUUUCAUGGUGUGGAUCGGCAUUGGCGGCCAGUACCUGGAAGACAGGCGGGACGCCAACGACCCAAACACCAACGUGCUGGUCCGCAGGGCCAUGAACCACGCGAUGAACCGGGAUGCGCUCAACGAAGCGUUCUUUGACAACAAAAUGGAAUUGAUGGCCAACACCGGUUGGCACCCGACGGAUCCCUCGUUCGAUCCGGCGUGGGAGAUCCCGGCCUACGACCCCGACCUUUCCCGUCAGCUGCUGCAAGAAGCGGGCUACUCGGAGGGCUCCGGGCCGAGCGUCGAGUUCAUGGCCGGCAAACUGGUCGGCGUUCCGGAGCUCACGGAAGUCGCGGUCCCGAUGAUCUCCUGGCUGGAGGAAGUGGGGUUCACCGUUGACGCCCAGAUCGGCGAGUUCCAGCCCAUCCGCACGCGGUACAAGGCCCGCGAGAUGAACGGGGUGCUGUGGACCCACCGGACCGGCUUCUGGCCGGCUGGCCGCAAUAUGCGGGUGUACUUCGUCAGCCCCACCCUGGCCGGCGCGGUUUACAUGUAUGAAGACCCAUACACCGAAGAUCUGUUCAGCAAGUGGCAGAGCAGUGUAGAUGACGAAGAACGGCUCAACCUGAUGAAGGACGCCGGUCAGUACAUGUACGAACAGAAUGCCACGAUACCGCUGGGCUUCCUGUUCGCGGAAUUCGGCAUCAACCCCAACGUCAUUGCCGAGUACUCGGUGAACAACAGCUACUUUGGCGGCAUGAAAGGCCACGAGUACACCAAGGUGGUGCGCAACUAA